GUCAAGCCGCACACCUUAAAACCAGUUGUCCGACGCCCAUGGGAAACACAGGCCGGAAUCCGAAUUCACGAUCCAAACCCACAAAUACCACCGGAAAGCAUGGCGCGCGCCUCCCACAACGCCAAAGCGCGCCUCCAAUGCUAAAGUCUCGACUUUCUUGCUCCUGUCGCUCCCCCUCCUCUUCUUCUCCUCGUUCGCGAUGCAGGCCUCCACCGCCCCUUGCGGCGACGCCUCCGCCCCUGUGAAGCCCACCACCCCGCUCAUCUCCUUCCUCGAGCGCCUCCAGUCCGCCGCUCUCGCGACCCUCGGCCCCGACGGCUUCGACCCCAAGCUCUACGUCGACCUCCCCCUCAAGACCGACCUCACCGCCACCGAGAAGGCCUUCGCGAACCUCCCGCGGCCGGGCGGCGUGAUCCCGGUCUCGGAUUUGGAUAGGUUUCUAGGCGGCUAUUUUGGAGAGGCCGGGUCGGAUUUGGUGCAUGCAGAACCGGAGGACUUCGUGGCGGAGCCGGAGGGGUUCUUGCCCAAGGUGGAGAACCCGAAGGUGCGGGCUUGGGCGCUGGAGGUGCACUCGCUGUGGAAGAAAUUGACCAGGAGGGUGUCGGAUGAGGUGAAGAGGCGGCCGGAGCGGCACACGUUGCUGCCGCUGCCCGGGCCGGUGGUGGUGCCGGGCUCCCGAUUUAGAGAGGUUUAUUACUGGGAUUCCUACUGGACUAUAAGGGGCUUACUAGCAAGCAAAAUGUAUGAUACUGCAAAGUCAAUAGUGAAUAAUCUAAUUUCGCUGAUUGAUAUUUAUGGCUUUGUGCUGAAUGGUGCAAGGACAUACUAUACUAAUCGAAGUGAACCUCCACUUCUUAGUUCAAUGGUAUUUGAAAUAUACAAGAGAACUGGUGAUUUGGCAUUUGUGAAGAAAUCACUCCCUUCCUUGCUGAAAGAGCAUAGCUUCUGGAAUUCAGAUAUACACAAAGUAAUCAUUCAAGAUCUUCAAGGAUGCAAACACUCUGUUAGUCGCUAUUAUGCAAUGUGGAACAAACCCAGGCCAGAAACUGCAACAAUUGAUGAGGAAUCAGCUUCUAGGCUUAUAAGUGCUUCUCAGAAAGAAAUUUUUUACCGCGAAGUUGCUUCAACAGCUGAAUCUGGAUGGGACUUCAGUUCUCGCUGGAUGAGUAAUUCAUCUGACCUCACAACAUUAGCAACAACAUCAAUCAUACCUGUGGACCUGAAUGCAUUCAUACACAAGAUGGAACUUGACAUUGCCUUCCUUGCAAAACUCACUGGGGAUAAUUCAACCUCAGAGAAAUUCUUGGCGGCUUCAAAAGCACGACAGGCAGCAAUAAAGUCCAUUUUCUGGAACUCAGAAAUGGAACAAUGGCUUGACUACUGGCUUAUCAGUAAGAGCAACUGUGAGGAAAUUUACCAGUGGGAAUCUCACUUUCAGAACCGCCAUAUUUUUGCAUCCAACUUCAUUCCUUUGUGGAUUGAGACAUACAACACAGAUUUAUGUAAAGAUGGGACAAUGGUAGAGAAAGUGCUGAAAAGCUUCCAAAGCUCUGGUCUACUUCAUGCUGCUGGCAUUGCAACUUCAUUGUCAAAUACUGGGCAACAAUGGGAUUUUCCAAAUGGUUGGGCGCCCUUACAGCAUAUGAUUGUUGAAGGAUUGGCAAAUUCUGGUUCAAAAGAAGCAAAGUCUGUGGCUGAGGAUAUUGCUAUAAGGUGGAUCAGAACAAAUUAUGUUGCUUAUGUGAAAACUGGUUCAAUGCAUGAAAAAUAUGAUGUAGAAGCCUGUGGAAAGAUUGGAGGAGGUGGCGAGUACAAACCUCAGACUGGUUUUGGUUGGUCCAAUGGUGUGGUGCUGGCUUUUUUGGAAGAGUUUGGGUGGCCUUAUGACAGGGAAUUAGAUUGCCGGUCAGAGAAAAGAAACUCUGUAGCAGCUUAGUAUAUUUGAGCAUGUUCGAGGGAAUGCAAGUUAUAUACAGAGCUGCCAUUAAAUUUAUUGGCAGAGAUCCUUUGAAAAAUUAGGAAGGUGAAAAAACAUCAGCAGGGGAUGUGAACACAUUUGGAUAGAGAAGGAAGAUGUCAAGAUAUUACAAGAGAUUGAAGGGAGUCUGAAAUGAAUCAAAGCAUAACAUUUGUAAUUUGUAAAGGAAGAUUUUAGUAAUUGUUUGUAUUAUCUUUAUAUCUACUAAGACAACACAUCCGGUAGUUUGCAUAAGCUGAAUUUUUUCCAGUAA